AUGGUUCGCGCUAUUAGCCUAUCAAGUUUCAGUCUUUACAUUGUCUUAUCGAAUUUCAUCUUCUUUUUUAUCGACAACAACAACACGAAGAAGAAGAAGGAAGAGAAGAAGACCACCACCGAUAGACGAGCUACCGGACGCUAUCUUGAUCUCCAUCCUCGACCGCCUCCCGGUGAAGGACGCCAUCCGUACGUGCGUCCUGUCCCGAAGGUGGGCCCACCUCUACAAAUCCGUUAUCCACCUCGACCUCCGUUGCCACCACCUCGUCUGCCGCCCCUAUUCCCGCACCUGGAUACGCGUCUUGCUUCAACGAUACUUGUUCUUUCUCAACUUGGACGAUUACCCCGAGCCCAUCGGCCCUUUCCGGUGCUGGGAGAUAGCCGGGAUCGCGCCAAAUUAUUUCCGCUCCCGCCGAAAGGGCUCGAAAAUCAGCAGCCUCAUCUUCUGCUGCUUCCUGUCCAAGUCGUACUACGAACGCUUCCCGCAAUUCGUCUCCGCCCACUUGGGAUUCAUUAUGAUGAUUAUUUGAACAACUUUUUCAGGAAACUCGCCGUCCAAUGCUGCUGCGAGUAUUAUAAAAACUCGUGCGGUCGCCCGUUUUCCUGCACCCACCACCUUCCCGAGACUCGCUGCCUCACCCACCUAGAGCUCGAAUCCACAACUCUUAACCCCAACUCUGCAAGUGGGUCCCUUCGCAAUCUCAGGCUGAGUCGAGUCCAGCUGGCGGAGGGCUCCCUCGAGUCCCUCCUCUCUGGCUGCACAGCUCUCCGCGAGUUGAGGAUGAAUUACUGUAGGUGCGCUCCAGGCUAUUCCACCCUUCGCUUCUGUGGGGCCCACAUCAGGCUCGAGUGCCUCGUCAUCGAUACAUGUGCAGGGGUUCGGGAGAUCAAGUUCCACGCGGCCAGCCUCGUCAGCAUCGAGUUUCAUAACCGUAAGCCAGUCGGGUUCGUAUUUCAUCACGUCCCUCGUCUGCAGACACUGCACGUCGACCUCAUCUUGUACAGUAACGUAAUGCGUUACAUCUCGGGGAGACUGCCCUUUAUAUUGCCGCCUGGUCAACUGAGGUCGUUGACCGUGGGUAGCGCGUACGACAUUUAUAUGUUUCAGGUCCCCAGGGAUGCUCCGGCCAACACGUUCAGCAAACUCAGGCGAUUAAGGCUGAGACUUGGUUAUGCAGCUUACAAGUAUAUGAUCUUUGGGAUGAUUCCGUUUCUAAACAUCUGCCCUGUCUUGCACGAGUUUCGCUUAGACACAGAAUAUGUGUACGAUAAUGGCCCGAAGAUGAAGAUGCUGUCAUCGGACACACUAAUCCACACGGAGCUGAAGAAAGUGGAAAUAAACGGAUUUUGUGGGACAAGAAACGAGAUCGAAUUCGCAUCGUGCAUAUUAGAAAACGUAAAAUCUUUGGAGCAAAUGCAGAUAAACAGGUGCCCCAGGUGGGAUAUUAGAGGCAACCAGUGGUGGAUGCAAAAGCCCGAGUGGAGUCAACAAACUCACGAAAAGAUUCUCGAACUAGUGCACGGGCGAAAAAUUUCCAAGAGGGCACGAGUGAUUAUUCGACAUGUUCCUGCUUACGAUGACACUUGGUCGACAGUCGACACAGAUUGUAAUAACUUUGUUCUUUGA